AUGAACAAUCAAUCAUAAAAUUCAUAAACUCAAGGAUCAAUAUAGCAAGUUAAUCCCAAUUAAUAGAAUUAAAAGACUGAAUCAAUAAAAUUGAAGCAAAAAUAGCAUGAUUAUAGUAAAGGAAAUAGGUAAUAAUUCAAUUUAAUUUAAAGGACAUGUAUGGCAACAGGAAAAAAUGGAAUCGAUUUCUAUAUCAUAGCCAAAAUAGUUUAAAAAGAACAUUCAGACAUAAUUUUAUCUGUUAUUGAAGAAUAAUCUUGA